AUGUCUGCAGAGGCAGCUGUGUCUAUGUGUGACCGUGAAUUUGGCAGUGGCAAGGCGAAGAAGCUAAGCAUGGGAGGCAGGUGUCGUGGGUCCUGGUACGAGCGGUUCCUGCAGCCCUGUCUGGUGGAACUGCUGGGCUCUGCCCUCUUCAUCUUCAUCGGCUGCCUGUCGGUCAUCGAGAACGGGACAGACACAGGGCUGCUGCAGCCGGCCCUGGCGCACGGGCUGGCCCUGGGCCUCCUCAUCGCCACACUGGGGAAUAUCAGUGGUGGACACUUCAAUCCUGCGGUGUCCCUGGCAGCCACGCUGAUCGGAGGCCUCAACCUGGUGAUGCUCCUUCCCUAUUGGAUCUCCCAGCUAUGUGGGGGGCUGAUCGGGGCUGCCUUGGCCAAGGCGGUGAGUCCUGAAGAAAGGUUCUGGAACGCAUCUGGGGCGGCCUUUGUGACAGUCCAGGAUUCGGGGCAGGUGGUGGGGGCAGUGGUGGCAGAGCUCAUCCUGACGACACUGCUGGCCCUGGCCGUAUGCAUGGGCGCCAUCAACGAGAGGACACAGGGCCCUCUGGCUCCAUUCUCCAUCGGCUUUGCCGUUACUGUGGACAUCCUGGCAGGGGGAGCCGUAUCUGGAGCCUGCAUGAAUCCUGCCCGUGCCUUUGGACCUGCCGUGGUGGCCAAUCACUGGGACUUCCACUGGAUCUACUGGCUGGGCCCGCUCCUGGCCAGUCUGCUCGUAGGAGUGCUCAUCAGGCUCUUCAUUGGAGAUGGGAAGACCCGCCUAAUACUAAAGGGACGGUGA